AUGACCAGCUACGAACGACUGGGACAAGACGAAGAUGAGGAAGAUGCGGUUACGCUUGCAGAGUCUGUUGCUACUACGCGUUCUGUGAAACCGCCGAUAUAUUAUGAUUCUGGACCGUUUGAUGUUCCUAGUUCUGAGGACGAAGAGGAAGAGGAAGAGGAAGAGGAUGUGGAUGUGGAUGUGGAAAAGGAUCUGGGGAGAAGCAUCACUUCCAAAGUACGUCUUUUGUUUAUGCUGGUUUGUAGGAAGCGAAGCUCGGCGUCGCUCAAGUUCCUCGUUACGACGCUGGGGGUGCUGGUGAGCCUAGCGACGGUCAUAGGGGUGAUAGCGGCGCAUACGUAUGUGGGGAGCGUGUAUCGCCUGCCGGGCGUGAGGAAGGUGACGAUGGAGCAUGUGUUUAAUGGGACGUUCUGGGCGGAGGAGAGGAGGGUUGCGUGGGUUGGGGAAGCGGGCGACGGCGUGUUCAGCGUCGUGGAGGAUGGGGAGAUCAGGCUCGUGGAUUUGGGGAGGAAUGAGACGAGGGCGCUGGUGAGGUUGGAGGACGUUAGGGAUGGGCAGGGUGCGACGCUGUGGUUUUGGGAUUGGAGGCUCUCCCCGGAUAUGCAGUAUCUUUUACUCAAGGCUGAUUAUCGCAAGCAAUGGCGCUGGUCAAGUUUCGGAACGUACUACGUACACUCUAUAUCUGAAAAAUCCACAUGGCGAAUCGGGAGUGGACCGAUGGCAUACGCGACAUGGGCACCGACAGGACACGCCAUCGCGUACGUCGAGUCCAACGACCUGUACGUCCUCCCCGUGCCGUCGGACCCGUCGUCCGUCGUGCGAGUCACGCGCACGGGGUCCACGACGGUCUUCAACGGCGUCCCGGAUUGGGUGUACGAGGAGGAGGUGUUCGGGGGCAACCAUGCGCUGUGGUGGUCCCCCGCGCCGGCGCGGAAGCUGGCGUACUUGAGUUUCGACGAGACGGAGGUGCCGGUGUACAAGUUCCCGGUGUAUAUGGAUGGGAAGGAGGUCGUGCCGUACCCUGGCGAGGUGAGGAUGCGGUAUCCGAAGCCGGGGUAUGCGAAUCCGACGGUCGGGGUGUGGGUGUGGGAUGUUGAGCGGGGGGAGGCGGUGCAGCUGGAUGUCGGGGAGGGAGGGGGCGUGGUGCAGGAGGUCAAGUGGGUGGGGGAGAGGGAGGAGUUGUUGGUGAGGGUCGUUAAUCGGAAUGCGGAUGAGGGGAGGGUCCUGUAUUUUGAUUUGGCGAAGGGGACGGAGGGGACGGUCGUUCGGAGGCUCGGGAGGGAGGGCGAGGAGGGGGACGAGGGAUGGAUCGAGCCUGGCCAGACGGUCUUUUCGCUUGCGGAUGGGUAUUUGGAUAUUGUCCCCACGAGCGACGGGUGGAACCAUGUUGCGCUGUUUAGCCCGGCGAAUGCGACCGAGCCGGUGUGGUUGACUGGCGGGGAGUGGGAGGUCACCAGUGGGAUCAAGGGUGUGGAUUUGAACAAGGGCUUGGUUUAUUUCGAGGCGGCCGCUCCGUCCAGUGUCGAGAGGCAUUUGUAUGCUGUUGGUUUGCAUGGAGGUGCCGUGCAGGCUCUUACGGAUACCACCGCCCUUGGAUAUUACUCGGCGGAUUUCUCUCCUGGGGCGGGCUGGUAUCUGCUAAGCUAUCGCGGGCCGGACGUCCCGUGGCAGCGCGUCGUCAAUGCUGGGAACCCAGCAAACUCGUACGUGUUGGAGACCAACGAGCGACUGGGGAACGUCUCGCUCGAGUAUGAGUCGCCGACGAUAAUCUAUUCCACUAUUGAGGUGGACGGUGUCGUGAUGAACGCCAAGGAGAUCAGGCCCCCGCAUAUGGACGAUUCGGGCCGUACAAAGCAUGCAGUGCUCUUUCGUGUCUAUGGGGGCCCGAAUAGCCAGCUGGUGGACGUCAAGUGGGAGAGGGGAGGGUGGGACGAGUAUCUGGCGUGUGGGAUGGGGUAUGUGGUCGUGCUGGUGGAUGGGCGGGGUACGGGGGCUCGGGGGCGGGGCUUGAGGGGUGUUGUGAAAGGACGGCUUGGGGAGCUGGAGACGCGCGAUCAGGUCGGUGCUGCUAGGCUGUGGGCAGCGAAGGAGUAUGUUGAUCCGAGGAGGAUUGGUAUUUGGGGAUGGUCAUAUGGGGGUUUUGUCAGUGCGAAAGUUGUGGAAGCGAAUGCGGGGGUGCAUUCAUUGGCUAUGUCUGUUGCUCCUGUUACGAGUUGGCGGUUGUAUGACUCUAUUUACACGGAACGGUAUAUGAACCUCCCUGCGCUCAACCCGGCUGGGUAUGCUGCGAGUGAGAUAUCGAACGUGACGGGCUGGCACGGCGUCGAUUAUCUCCUCGCGCACGGGAGUGCGGAUGAUAACGUACAUUUUGGGAAUUCGGCUAGACUGUUGGAUAUGUUCACGGAUGGGGAGGUGCGGGGGGUGUGGUUCAGGAUGUUUACGGAUAGCGACCAUUCGAUUAGUAGACGGGGCGCGAAGAGGGAGGUGUACGAGUACAUGACUGGGUUCUUGGCUGACAAGUGGGGUAAGGGUGGGAGGAGGCGGGGUUGGUAA